CAAUCGAAGAAGGGGUCGGGGGUCGUGUUUGUCUAUUCAGGUCUUCCGUUUUACCUGUCUAGAUCUUGUCAGUUCCCGUUCCAACGCUGUACAGGACAACUUCCUCUUCGUGGCGACAAUACGCAUUCAGUAUGAAGUUACUCGUUUUUCUGGUAGCAGCCUGUGCUGUCGUCUAUGGACAAGAACCCCAACCAUGCAUUGCACCCAAGCUCUGGGAAGCCAGGAUGUCACGGAUUGACCCCGCCAAAAGGUUCUAUGAACGUGCACGUAUUUCUUAUGACGCCAUCAACCGACGUGUUCGCAUCAUAGAGGAAGUCAACAUCAAGGAACAGAGGGACUUCUUCGAUGUCCUCUUCCUCCAUGAAGUCGGCAAGGAGUAUAAAUUCAACCUGAGGACAAAGGAGUGCGCUGUGAGUGCAAUAGCCGAGCCGUUCCGUCCGUUCGAAGUACCCCCGAAUGCCACCAGCUUCGGCGAGUCCUACAUCGGGACGGGCGCCUUUCCCGGUGAGGGCGUGCUCAUCACGCUGUGGGGAGGAGAGGUCGAACAACCGGCAGGCAGGUACAUGGCUACCUUCACCAACAGCGGCUGUGUACCCGUGGAGGACGGCUUCUGCACCGAGCGCUUCGGAUGUGUCCACACAGCGUUCUACGACGUUGUUGCUGGGAUCUCCGACCCAAACGUCUUCAUUCCUCCAAGAGAGUGCGAGUAGGAGGGGCCCUAUAAAUGUCUAAUGACAUCAGUUCUUGCGUGUCAGUUAAUGCUAUGCAACCAAAAUAUAGAUAUCGAUGUGAGCAUUAAUUGUAACAUUUUUACUGUUGAGUAAUAGACAAAAUAAAUAAAAAAUUACUGUUUAAUUUCACUGGAAAUUUCACAGAAAAUUGAUACAAGAAAAUAAUCACUUUUUAAGAAGCAGUACUAGUUGUCUCGUUUAAGAAAUAUUAUGUUUGCUGCAAGGCAACCGACUCACUUCCCUAAUAUCUCUCCGUGAUGAUAUAGAGAUAGCGAACCAACAUCGAUAUAGUGGGGCAACCUUUGACUCUUCUUGCUGCUACCAUGAUUGUUGCUUUAUAAUGACAUUGUCGACUUGAAACAUCAACUGAUGUAUGGUGGGUGAUUGGCAUCUAAAUGUAAUCAAGCUGAAUCUAUUAAAAGAAAGCGAUACAUCGA